CUUCAUUGGUGUCAGUGGGAGGAAUCGUGCCCCGUCAUUGGUGUGUCAGUGGGAGGAGGAAUAGUGCCCCAUCAUAGGUGUCAGUGGGGAGGAGGAAUAGUGCCCCAUCAUUGGUGUCAGUGGGGGGAGGAAUAGUGCCCCAUCAUAGGUGUCAGUGGGGGGAGGAAUAGUGCCCCAUCCUUGGUGUCAGUGGGGGGAGGAAUAGUGCCCCAUCCUUGGUGUCAGUGGGGGGAGGAAUAGUGCCCCAUCCUUGGUGUCAGUGGGGGGAGGAAUAGUGCCCCAUCCUUGGUGUCAGUGGGGGGAGGAAUAGUGCCCCAUCCU